AUGGCGGAGGAAGCAAAGACGAUCGGCAUUUCCUCGGCCGUGGAUGUGGAAAAGAGUGCUGACAUGAAGGGGCAUGUUGACCCGACACUAGAGGCGCAUGCCCACGAUGCCGACGAGGCCAUGAAGGCUCUUGAGGAGCUUCAUGGCGAAUCGCUCGAGCUAGACGAGCCCACGAAUCGUCGGCUGUUGAGAAUCAUUGACUGGCACAUGAUGCCGAUUAUGUGCUGUAUCUAUGGGAUGAACUUCCUGGACAAAACGACCUUAUCCUAUGCAAGUAUUAUGGGCAUCAAGACCGACCUGGAUCUAGUCGGAGAUGAUUAUCAAUGGCUAUCCAGUCUGUUUUACUUUGGCUAUCUCGCAUGGGAGUAUCCAACCAACCGGCUGCUGCAGCGAUUACCCCUUGGAAAAUACUCUGCAUGCUGCAUUUUGAUGUGGGGACUGAUUUUGAGCUGCUUUGCUGCGGUGGACAACUAUUCGGGUGCGAUUGCUAUUCGGUUUUUCCUCGGUGUCUUCGAAGCCGCUGUGACGCCUGGCUUCGCAUUGCUCACGUCCCAGUGGUACACUAAAGAAGAACAAGGUAGCCGGGUGAAUAUCUGGUUUAGCUUUAACGGUGUAGGCCAGAUCCUAGGAGGGUUCAUCGCAUAUGGAAUCGCAGUUGGAACUUCAAAACACGGGUCCUCGAUCGAGCCAUGGAAGAUCAUCUUCCUAGUCACUGGUCUCUUGACUAUUGUACUGGGACUGGUAUUUCUCUGGAUUGUUCCCGACAACCAACUGAAUGCCCGCUGGCUGAAGCCGGAGGAUCGCAUCCUGGCAGUCGCUCGAGUGCAGUCGAACCAGCAGGGAAUUGGAAACAAGCAUUUCAAGUUUUAUCAAUUCAAAGAGGCACUCGCGGACCCGAUGACAUGGGCUUUCUUUUUCUAUGCGCUCAUUGCAGAUAUCCCGAAUGGGGGUAUCACCAACUUUUUCAGUCAAUUGAUUACCAGUUUCGGGUACUCCAGCCAGGAGAGUCUGGUUCUCGGUGUCCCCGGCGGCGCGGUGGAGGUCAUCGCACUCAUGCUGAAUGGAUAUAUGGGCUACAAGACUGGCAACCGCAUUCUAUGCAGUGUAGGAGGACUUGUCUGCGCGAUCGUCGGAAUGAUCCUCAUUGUGGCUUUGCCCGAAUCCAAUAAUGUUGGACGUUUGAUUGGAUACUACAUGACGCAAGCUAGUCCCACGGCUUUUGUUGCCCUGCUGGCGAUGAUCUCGUCCAACGUGGCAGGAUACACAAAGAAGACGACUGUCGCCGCAAUGUAUCUGAUCGGGUACUGUGCUGGCAACAUUAUCGGCCCGCAAACAUUUCGCCCUAAGGAUGCGCCUCGCUAUAUCCCCGCGGAAAUUACUAUAAUCGUCUGCCUCGGCGUGUCGAUUUGUAUCAUGCUGUUUGUAUACUGGUGGUACGUUAAGGAGAAUCGGCGGAAGGCCGAGAUCACCUCGCGACCGGAUUAUGUCCGAUUGCAGAACCAGGGUUUUUUGGAUUUGACCGAUAGGGAGAAUAUGGAUUUCGUGUAUGCCAUUUGA